GUAACCGCUUUACAACAUUGUAACUUACGAACUCCUUACAAUAUUGUAAGUGACCCAUACUCAAAAAAAAUUUACAAUGUUGUAAGCACAUUGUAAGGCUAAUGUCAACAUCGUAAGUUAAUUCCCUAGGCUGCCAAGAGAGGUCACAUCGGUAGGUGAUUGACCAAUCAGCAGUCAGCCUCGUAGACGUAACAGCCAAUGAGAAGCCACAAAUCUCAGCUGUUUUAUCACCGUGCUACACCAAAGGUAAACAACGCCAUGGAAGGUCCAACUCAAAAGAAAAGAAGGCCAAAUUUCUCAGACGAAGAGAUGUUGGCUUUAAUAGAAGCUGUGGCAACGAAGAAGAAUGUGGUUCUGGGUAAAUCAGAUAACAGAAUAACCGCACAAGUGAAAAAUAACGCCUAGGAGAGUGUGACUAAGGAAGUGAGUCUUGUCGCUCGCGUACCGAGGAAUGUGAAUGUAGGGCGUAGGAAGUUCACAGACCUAAGAGCAGCUUGAAAAAAAGGCAGCACAAGAGGAAAAACACAUGGGAGGAACAGGUGGUGGCCCAGCAGUUUUCACAAACUACACUCCUCUUGAAGAAACUAUUUUAACACUGACUGAGCCUGUUGAUAUUACUGGUUUACUAGGGGUUUAUGAAAAUGAGACAGAAGUUGAUGAUGUUGCAGAACCAACUCAUGGGCCAUCUGGGAUAGCAUCUCAGGCCAUAACAGACUCGAAAGUUGUUGUAACAUUGGAUGAGGGCACUCCAGAGGAGCAAGAAAUGACAAUAUCUAUUGUGUCAAUGGACCACACUUACUCUUCAGAAUUACCUCCUUUUUUAAUAGAAGACAGUGACGCUCAGGAUGGAGGAAGCAGGCAUAGUCAUAGCAGAAGAUCAGAAGAAAGGAGAAUUUUGCCUGACAUGCUUCAGAUACAAGCAAAUAUAGAAAUUCACUUGAAACAGCUUGUAAGCUCAGUAAAAGACAUUGCAUCAGCAUUACAAACAAUUGCUGGUGUUAUAAAAGAUAAGGCAUAAGUUCUUAUUUUUAUCAAAUGAUGAAAUAUUUUAGUUUUUCUCCCAUUCAAUUCUAGUCUUAAUCUACCCAUUUAUAGUACACAGUUGACAUUAAUUUGUGAUAGGCAUUUAACAAAAUCAUAAUGUUAAGUUAUUGCUUGAGAGACUAAGUCUAAAAUAAGUCUUUAUUUCGGAGUUCCUUUAUUUCUUUAAUACAGACUAAGGCAAAAAUCCAUUAUAUAUUAUUUAUUUUUUGUUCGCAUUAAUGUUUGCACUGAGGUUGUGAAAAUUGUAUUUUGGUUUUAUGAUAUAGGUUAAGACCAUUUUAUCCAGUUUGGAAGAAUCAUAUUUUAAUAGGGAGGGAAUUCAGGAUUUUAUUAUUUUUUUAGGAAAAAAAUGA